UCCUCAUCCAGGCAAUAUUGAAUCUCCCUCACAGUUGCGCCUCAAUCCAAGGAAGUCAAUACCAGUUACAGGAUCGAGGAGAUGGGUCGGGCGGGAGUCCAGGACAAGACCACCAUGAAAAGGGUGAGCCCCAAGCGCAGGGAUCCCGUCAAGGUCGUCUACAUAGGCGACCCCAAGAUGUUUCAGGCAAGCGCCUCCGAUUUCAGGGCGCUGGUGCAGUCGCUCACCGGCCGGAAUGAGGCCUCCAUGCCGCUCAGGCCGGAGCCCUUGGACUUGCCGUACCUCGACGACUCCCCCAAGGCUCAUGUCGAAGCUCAGGAUCCGGCCACUGUACCGCCCGAUCACCUUGCAACUCCCGAGAUGCAGACUAGCCCCGAUCACGACCACUUUUUCAUGGAGUACUCCGACUUCUCGUUCGAGUCGUUCAACGAGUGGAUCUUGCAGCGGAUGCUGGACGCCGCUUCCCCUGGCCUUGAGAGUUCCAGUGAUUUGUAUGGUCUCGGUUCUGAAACAUGUUCUCCAUGAUUGUUUGUGGGGAUCGCCUGUUUAAUCUUUGCAUUUCCCUUGGAAGCAAGUAAAUAUUAGUGCUUCAGACUGCUA